AGAUGGCAGUGACGCGAGCAAAAUAAUCUCGGCUCGCAGAUGGUGACGGUCUGUGUUUUUCUUAUGCACACACACAUCGGACAGUCUCCCAGCUUGGACACAUUUGCACGGCACCAGUGGACAGGUGCGUCAGCCAAUUGACCAAUUGCGUUUCACCCUAAUCGUCAGGGUUGCAGUGAAGGAGAAAUUCCUGAUGCGUUCCACGUGAAGCGAUUGCAGACAUGUGGGACUCAAACAUGUUUCUCACCACUCUGACUCCGAAGUUUUACGUCGCCCUAACUGGCACCUCGUCGCUCAUAUCUGGACUCAUUUUGAUAUUUGAGUGGUGGUAUUUUCGCAAGUAUGGAACGUCGUUCAUCGAGCAGGUCUCUUUGAACCACAUCAGUCCAUGGAUUGGCGGCGGCGACAACAGCACCGACAGCACCAACGGCGUCAACGGGACCGGAACCAAUGGCAGCAUCAACCAGCAAGCAGUUCCAGAGUGUAAAGUAUGGCGGAAUCCUCUAAACCUAUUCCGCGGAGCCGAGUACCAGCGCUUCUACUGGGCGACAAACAAGGAGCCGCUCACCUACUAUGACAUGAAUUUGUCAGCGCAGGAUCACCAAACCUUCUUCACCUGCGAGGCCGACGUCGGGAAAACUGAAUAUGAGAUUAUGCAGACGGCGUGGCGAGAGCGGAAUCCGGUGGCCCGGAUUAAAGCAGCGCACGAGGCGCUGGAAAAGAACCCCGAGUGCGCGCCUGCCUACAUUCUGCUGGCGGAAGAGGAGGCCACCACCAUUCUCGAGUGCGAAAAGAUUCUCAAGCAGGCGCUGCAGGUGGCUGAGAAGAACUACCGAAAGUCCCAGCAGCUGCAGCACCAAAGUGCUCUCAUGGAAGCUCUUCACAGACGAGACACGAAUGUGCUGAUCUACAUCAAAAGACGGUUGGCCAUGUGCGCUCGGAAGUUGGGAAAGUUGAAGGAGGCCGUGAAAAUGUUCAGAGAUUUGACGAAGGAGGUGCCGCCAAUCAUGAACAUUCUGAACGUGCACGAGAACCUGAUCGAGGCGCUGCUGGAGAUGCAGGCGUACGCCGACGUGCAGGCCGUGCUGGCCAAGUACGACGACAUCAGCCUGCCCAAGUCGGCCACCAUCUGCUACACGGCCGCCUUGCUCAAGGCCAGGGCCGUCGCGGACAAGUUCUCGGCCGACGUGGCCAGCAAGAGGGGCCUCACCAGCGCUGAGACCACGGCCGUCGACGCCAUCCACAGGGCGGUCGAGUUCAACCCUCACGUCCCCAAGUACUUACUCGAGUUGAAGCCGCUGAUCUUGCCGCCGGAGCACGUGUUGAAGAGAGGCGACUCGGAGGCGAUCGCCUACUCCUUCUUCCACCUCUCCCACUGGAAGCAGGUCGAGGGCGCGUUGAACCUGCUGCACUGCACCUGGGAGGGCACCUUCAGGAUGCUUCCGUACCCCCUGGAGCGAGGACACCUCUUCUAUCCCUAUCCGACCUGCACCGAGUGCGCCGACAGGGAGUUGCUUCCAGUAUUUCACGAUGUGAGUGUGUACCCGAAAAAGGAGCUGCCGUUCUUCAUUUUAUUCACCGCUGGGCUGUGUUCUUUCACUGCGUUGCUGGCUUUGCUGACCCACCAGUACCCUGAGCCCAUGGGUGUCAUUGCAAAAACCUUGCUGAGCUGCAUUUCGAUGCCGUUCCAAUAUUUCAUGGACAAACUGGAGGCGAUCGUCAAGUCCAGCUUCUGGCAACAGCUCUCGCGAAUCUAGCUUCUGUAUUAAUAGAUGUUGGACGAACCGUUGUGUUAUUUUACUCGACAAAAUUGAAUCUGGUUGCAAACCAGGGAAAUAAUCUCUCUCAGAAAGGUCGUGAUCAGAGCUUUUUAUUUGAUAAAAAAUCGUGUUUGCUGUGUCCGCGUUUGCUGUAGGUGUGAAAUUUCUUAGUCAUAAUAUAUUUUUGUCCAUUUUCCUGUGAAUAGACUUAUUAUUUUGAGUUGGUAGAGACUGUGUUAGGAAAUCUGUGAAGAUUGACUUUUUUAUGCCUACGUAAUAAUACAACUUGUGUUUGAGCAUAAACGAAUCAAGCUGAUUGACUAAAUCACGCAAGGAAUAAUAAAAUGCAUUCUUUAAUGCUGUACAAGAAAA